AUGGGGGCGAAGGUCCAAGGACGAGGCGGGCAGGAGGCAGGGAGGCCCUUUAUUCACUGGUCCAUCCAUUCAGCCGCCAUUUCUCAAGAGUGGCUCUACCGGACGGUGGUGAGACCUACGUACAAAGUGGUGUACAAGACGGUGACCUCCCUGGAGUGGAAGUGCUGCCCCGGCCACUCGGGGACCAGCUGUGAGGAAGGUAGGACCCCCGCCGGCCCCCCGGCGCCCCCUCCCCGGCCCUCCGCCUUCCUCCAGGUGUCCAAGCUGGUGGUAACUGAGCAGUCAGCAUCCCUGCCCCUCGGCGCUCCCCCAGAGGCCAAAGGGAGUGGCGAGGACCCAGCCCUGCUAUGGGGGUUGCCAGCUGCCCAGGGGAGCCCUGGAGACGAAGAAGCCAGAGGGCCUCCUGGAACUGGAGAGCGACGGAGGGAGACCGUGUUCACCCGGGAUGGCCGAGGAGGUGUUCCAGGACCACCAGGGCCUUCUGGCCCCAAAGGAGACACAGGCAGCCGGGGCCCUUCUGGAGUGCCAGGGCUGAAGGGCCCAGCUGGACCACCAGGACCCCAAGGACCACCCGGCAGCCCAGGUCGGGAUGGGGCCAAGGGAGAGAGGGGCCCCCCAGGACCUCCUGGGCCCCCAGCCCCAACCGGACCCUCCACAGCCCAGAUCUCUGAACAGGGUGAUCCACUGCUCUCCAACACCUUCAUCGAAACUGGGGGCCUGGGCAUCCAGGGGCCUGUGGGUCCACCAGGCCCCAUGGGGCCCAUGGGUCCCCCAGGUCCUCCAGGCCCAGUGGGUGUCCCAGGAACACCUGGCCACAAGGGUUCACCAGGCCCAUCUGGAGCUGACGGAAGUAAUGGCCUCCCAGGGGAGAAGGGUGAGCGAGGCUACCAGGGGGAGCCGGGCCCCAGAGGCUUAGCAGGAGAACGGGGCGAACCAGGCCCCAAAGGUGACCCUGGAGAGAAGGGCCAUUGGGGGGAGGGUUUGCACCAACUACGCGAGGCUUUGAAGAUUUUAGCAGAAAGGGUUUUAAUCUUGGAAACAAUGAUUGGGCUCUAUGAACCGGACCUUGGCUCCGGGGCGGCGCCCCCCAACAUUGGGGCCUCCAGCUUCCCUCGGGGCAAACGGGCAGGAGUACCCACCACUUACCGGAUUGUCUCCCGUCUCCUGACCCAGGGGAGUGAGGACCGGAAGGACUGAGGCCGGUCAGCGUGGUCACCGAGGGGCUUGGGAUUGGGCCCUCCCCACCUCGGGCUUCUUCUGAGCUCUUGUCCCACAGCCAAGGCCCGCAAGGCCGAGCCCCCUAAUUAUCAGAGCGGGUGAGCUACCGUGCUCAGGAUACAGACUGGCAUCCUGGAGACUGAACCAUGAGCAUGCGAAGGCUGGAGGGCCAAUUUCCUGGGCUUCCUCUAUCCCGUGCCCAGGGCCACAAGGGGGGUUCACCCUGGGCACAGGGCUACCUAGACUGGACAAUCUCAAGAACUGGAUGCAGCAGAGGGGACAAUUAGAGCUGAUGCCCUCCCUGAUCGCCCACCUUCACUUUACAGGGAAGGAAACUGAGGCCCAGACUGGCCUGACAGGGUGUGCAGCCACACCUCUCCUUCCCUAAAAGGGAAAUGAUGCUCAAAGUCACCCCAGCAGCACAUGGCAAAGGCUGGCCUGGAGCCCACCCCCAGCUCCCACUUCUUUCCCCUCUUCUGGGGUGCUUCCUGGAAAGCCGUCUCACACAGGGUAGGAGUGGGAAUGGGGGGCUCCUGGGCUCCGGUCAAAUGGCCUGGCACUGUCUCCUCUGCCCACAGCUCCACCUCGCCACAUGGGGGCCCAACUUCUGGUUUGGCACUUGGGGCUCAUCUGAGGCCCAGAAGUAAGCAGGGGCUUAAGGCCAAACCCUUCACCCACAGCCACACCAGCCUCUGGGCCCCUCUGCUUCCCCAGAACAAGCACUGACCUGCCUCUCAGCCCCCCACUUGGUACUUGUGGUGCUACGAUCCCCCCAAAACUGUAAGGUCAAGUACCAGCCAAUCCUUUGACAAGAGGUGGGGGCCCGCAGACAUUCCCCCCCCCCCCCCCCCAGAGCCCCUGGGGGGCAGGGGGGGGUCUUCCUGUUUACAAAGCAGAGGGCCGCCCAUGGCCCCCAUAAGCUGGGACCUGGCAAUAAGGGUCCCUCGGAGGCCCAGAGCACAUGGGGCCCUGCUCCACCCCCCACCCUCUGUGAAAAGAGCUUCCAGAAAAGAAAUGGGCCGCCUUGGUAGGUAGUGAGGUCCCUGGCAUUAGAGGUUCCCUUGCUGCUGUGUUCUGGAGGGGAGCCCGGCUGUCUGGCAAAUCCCAUGGGAAGGAGGGCUUAUAGAAAGAAGGCUGGAGAGGGAGUCGGGGGGGGGGCCCUGAGUUCGAAUUCCAGCUCUGUUUACUCACCUGUAAAAUGGACCGGGAUGGCCUGAGGGGCCACCACGAGGCUCUGCCCUGCCCCGUGAGAUCGGGCCCAACAGCGCCCCCUGCGGCUGGAAGGGAGCCCGCCCGGCGACUCAAGCACCCAGCACCCACUUUUCUUAAAGAUGAACGGACUUUAUUCGGG